CACGUCAUCUAAAUGUAAAAAUGCUUCCAAAUUUCCUGGAGAAGUGCCCAUCUAUUUCACGAGUUGGACUUAUUCGCCUGAUUUAUGGAUGUUGGUUUUUAAGUUGUUACUUAGAAAAAGGGAUGAGACACCGAGGGAAAUGAAAAGUGACGUUGAUUUUUCAUUAGCACUACAUGCAUUUGUUAUCGUCCAAUAGGCUUCUCGUUUGUACAAUUUAAUCGAUCACACCGAGGUCCUGUUUUAGGUUUUAACUUUUAACCAAAACAACAUCCGACUUUGACGGUUUCUGGUCCAACCGAAACUGUACUGGACGGAGCAAUCUUUUAACCAAAACUACAUCCGUGAUCCGACAUUGACGGUUUCCGGUCCAACCGGAAGUGUACUUGAUGGUGAAUUGGGGAAGCGGGAUUGUUCUCAAGUCGCACGCAACGCAAAUCACCGGAAUGACUCUGUUUCUGCUCUCUUCCUCGACUCUCGCCAUUAAUCCACGAACCGCAUCUACCAUGGAAUCCGAAUCCCAGCAACACACUGAACUGCUCGCUCUCCCGCUCGGCUCCCCGCGUUGCUCCCUCGGUUCUCUCCGUCGUCCAACCAGGAGCCGAAGUUGUAUCUCCUUCUCUGGAGAGCGCGCCGAUAAUUCCGGCCGGCGAAGAAGAGCCGCAAGUUAUUAAUGGAUCCCAGGGGAAGAAUUGGAGGUCAAACCGGCGAUUUCUUGGAAGAGAGUCAAGAAGAAGAGCAGAGAAGACGAGGAUAGCUUUCGACAGUCGACACUAGGUUCAAGAAUGGAGAGGAGGUGUGUUUACGAGGAAUUGUGCUAGUUUGAGCUCUUCUCGUUGAGAAUAUCGUCAACGGAUGAUUUGUUAGAGGAAUUGAUGUUUCCAAUUCUUCCAGGUUUUGGCGGAAAAUGCGUAUCUAGUCGGGGUUGACCGCAAAGGUGACGCGGAGAAUUCUUUUGGCAUAGAGGAGUCUCUCAAGGAAUUGGCAUAAGCUUGCUGACACUGCUGGACCUAUACUCGUUAGUUCGACGUAUCAGAAGUGAGCGUGGUUUCUGCUGUUUCUAUUGUGCUUUAAGAAGUAGGAAUCAAUGGUGCUAAUGACUGAUGCUCAACUUGUGUACCUAGAUAAGGUACAUUGUGUUGUCAAUGAAUAUGACAUGAUUUCACCUUAUGAACGUUUUAUCAGCAAGAAGCUCACGCCACAUUUAUUGUUGUUUUUGUUGCAGACUAACUACUCUAAAUGCGAGGUCAUACGUUGGCUCUGGCAAGGUUUCAGAAUUUAAGAGUGCGAUUCAUGCUCUACAGGUCGAGACUGUGAUAUUUGACGAUGAGCUUUCUGCUGGGUAGGAUAUCUCAACUUGUGAACUAUUUCAUCUGAACUUGUGAUAGCUUCUCAUUGAGCUAAUCUUGAUCACCAUACAUUGAUGUGGAAAUCGUGUUUGUCAACAAUCUACUGCACUUCAUAUUUGAUAUCCUAGGAGCUUAUGUUUAUUCCAGUAAUCAAUGUUUCGUCCAGCUAAAGGAACUUGGUACUUUAGUUGUGUUGUCUUAAGGCUUUAUCGAUACAUAGCUGUUGCUGCAUUUACAUCUUUGUGUUCUUCAUGUUUCCUUUAUGUUCUCGUGGUUUUCCCAGGUUGUCAAUGUUGUCUCACUAUGCUCUAUUCAAAGAUGAGAUCUUAACUAAAUGUUCUUAUUUCUUUUUGUUCUUUUAUCAAAUGUGCUUGUUAGUAUUACUGACAACUGAGCAUCUGUGGAUUUUUUUUCAUAGUCUUAUAUUCCAAUUUUCUUCGUUCAAAUGGCAGCAACUUCGUAAUUUAGAGAAAAGUUAAGAGUCUGUGAUCGCACUGCCCUCAUCUUGGAUAUCUUCAACCAGAGAGCAGCAACUCAUGAAGCAUCUAUACAGGUAAAUUUUUUGUAGGUUUGACUGUGGUCUGACUAUGAAUACACUAUUUGUCUGAUUCAGAAGCAAAAAGGGAACUGUAUUAGGCGGAUAGCCCAUCUUCCAUUAAUUGAUGCUUCUGCUAUGACAUUUACAUUUUACAAUAUGUAGGUAGAGUAUACAAAUGCUAGGAAGAGUACUCUCUUAAACCAAUUAAGUGGAGCAGGUGUUCUAGCUGAGGAUCGACUAUGUGCUACCCUUGAUCCUACUACUAGAAAGGUUCAGGUAAGCAACUUGACUAAUGGCAACAUCUUUGCAGUUUGCAUCGACUUGCAGUUUCCGGACAUCCUGAGGGUAGUCAAACUUCCCACAUAUUCAAAAUUUGUAGCUAAUAUAAGUAAAGAUUCAGCUCUAAUGUCAGGUUGGUUUUGUAUGGAUAUUGUUAGAAAUUGAUUUGAUGGCUAAUAAUUUGAACUACCAGAUAAAUUUGACAGGAACCUGAAAUAAUUGUUGUUUGGUUAUGGCCCAGAUGAAGAAUGGAAAUGAGUUCCUCCUCACUGAUACUGUUGGUUUCAUCCAAAAGUUACGCACUACCCUGGUAAGGCUUUUUUUCUUCUUAGAGGUGGCUUUUCAUUAACUUUCUACUCGUGUUUUCCAUUUUUGCUUGCUUCAUUCUCAAAUGCUAGUUAGUCAGUCAUGUUUUACCAUGACUUCAUGGGAAGCAUCUCUAAUGGGUGGUUUUGGACAGGUUGCCGUUUUCAGAGCAACACUAGAGGAGAUAUCUGAGUCUUCGUUGAUGGUGCAUGUGGUUGACAUAAGGUAUGUUGUUUUUAAACAAUUAAUUUGAAAUCUAUUCCACACGAUGCUUUUUAUCUUAUGCGUCCACAAUAUUUCAGUCAUCCUCGAGCAGAGCAACAGAUAGAUGCAGUGGACAAAGUCUUGUCAGAACUAGAUGUGCCAUCAAUUCCAAAAUUAAUGGUUUGGAAUAAGGUACACUGGUAACAUUUGCUUAGAGAGUCUUCUAUUUUCUUAGUAAUCCAUUGAGCUUCAUUUUGUACUUCAUUUUUGUCAUGAUACUGUAACUAAGCAUGAUUGAUACUUUUCAGACAGCUCAUAUCUGAAGACUAAAGCCACAGUACACGCCAACCAGAGGAAAGUGCAGUGGACCAGACAUGGGAGAUUGUUGUCUGCACAGAUAUGCAUCGUCAAGGUAUGGCCCUGGAGCAGUUAGUAGCAGAAACAACUCCACAACCCAAAAAUGGACUCACUUCACAUGCAUCCACCUCCGGAGGUUGAAGACAAAGUCAAAGCUAUCUGGAUUAGGUGGUGGUACUGAGGGAUUUGGUUUCAGCUGGUGGGGUGGUGGUCAUGCUCCUAUUUCCGGCAGUGGAUCUGGAGGUCUGUUUCCUGGAUACUAUCAGGUUUCCUGCCCUCAGGCUAAUGACAUUGUCGUCUCGGUGCUGAAAAGGGCCAUAUCAAGAGAUCCCAGGAUGGCUGCUUCCUUGCUCAGACUCCAUUUCCAUGAUUGCUUUGUGCAGGGUUGUGAUGCAUCAGUGUUGUUGGACAGUGCUGCGAAGAUUGCUAGCGAGAAGAAUGCAGGUCCAAACAGGAACUCACUCAGAGGGUUUGAUGUGAUUGACGAGAUCAAGGCUGAGUUGGAAAAUGCUUGCCCUCAAACCGUCUCUUGCGCGGAUAUUCUUGCCAUGGCAGCUCGUGGCUCUACUGUACUGAGCGGUGGACCAAGCUGGGAGCUCCCCUUGGGAAGAAAGGACGCCAGAACAGCAAGCCUCAGCUUGUCCAACCAGAACAUCCCGCCUCCAAACUCCACCAUCCAAACCCUCAUCUCCCUCUUCAGACGCCAAGGCCUGAACGAGAUCGAUCUCGUCUCUCUCUCUGGAGGGCACACGAUUGGCAUGGCAAGAUGCACUACGUUCAAGCAGAGGCUCUACAACCAGAACAGGAACAACCAGCCCGAUCUGACUAUGGAGAGGACUUAUUACUUGGGGCUAAAGUCGGUCUGCCCACAAUCAGGCGGCGACAACAAUAACAGCCCUCUGGAUGCCUCCUCACCAGCAAGAUUCGACAACACCUACUUCAAGCUCAUCCUGUGGGGGAAAGGGCUGUUGACUUCGGACCAGGUGCUGUUUUCUGGCAAUGUCGGGAACACGAUGCAGUUGGUGAAGAGAUAUGCAGAGGACGAGGGGCUUUUCUUUGAGCAGUUUGCCAAGUCUAUGGUCAGAAUGGGGAACAUUGGCGCUCUUACUGGGUUUAAGGGUGAAGUUAGAAAGAAUUGCCGCCGUGUAAAUUAGUUGAUUUAUCGUUGAGGUGUGUCUUCUGUUUGAAUACGGUUACACGGGAUGUCUCUAAGUCGCAGUAUCAUUGUAAUGUAAUCUUCUACUAUGUACUAUCGUCGAUAAGUUGUUAGUGUUGAAGUUGAAUUAAGGAUCUUGAGUGAAAUGAGGAAAGAGAGGUUUGCUUCAGAAUUGAGUUAAUUACUUAAUUUCUCUAUAUUUUUUUUGUUUAGCCAAGAUUAAUGAAAUAAGGACGAAGCU